AUGGCCAGCUUGCGUGACGUCCUCGCCAGCUACGACCACUUCCUCACCAUCACCGCCGCUAUGCUCGCCUCGGGGACUACUCUCCCUGCGAAGCACCGCCUCUAUAUAUUCGCCUCGGUGGCUACUCUCCCGGCGAAGCUGGCGCGUCUUCGCUCUCUGUGCGCCAUCCCCGCCACCGCCAUCGCGAGCAGCGAGGCGCUGCGAGGCGUUCUGCAGCUGCGCCACCCCAUGGUCUCGCUCCCGGCGAUGAUCAGGGCCAAGGCGCCCGAUGAGGUCAAGGCGCCGGCGAAAGCGCCGGCCAAGGCGUCCUUCGAGGCUCCCGCCUCCCCGUCGGCGGAAGAGCGGCCGAAGUCGCCCGUCAAGCGCGGCAAGAGCACCACCUUCCAAGAG